ACGGAAACAAUUUCAACAUGUAUUUCUGGAAAAAAACUUAUUUUAUUGCCUCAGUCUUACUGGUAUUUUUUGCAAUCAUGAGAACCGGAGCAAACUCAGCAAAUGAACAGACAAUGUCAGAAUUCAUUUCAUCGACAACGAAUAUACCUACAUCCAGUGCAGAGCCACCAACAAGCCAGCAGACACAAACAACUCAGUUAAGUUCAACCCCAGAAACUGAACCUACAACAGCUCAAUCAACAUUUACAACAGCUAUGUCCCAAUCGAGCAUGUACACAUUAGAAUCAUCUACAAGUGAAAGUGGAUCAACAGUGCAAACUUCUGUGUACACAACAAGUACCUUUCUGUCUUCACCAACUAUUUCAACAGAAGGACAAAGUACAUCAGAAUUCACUUCAUCAACAACAGAAAUAACUGCUUCCAGUGUAGAGCAAACAACAGGCCAGCAAACACAAACCAAUCAGUUUAGUUCAACCACAGAAACAGAACCUACAACGACAGCUCAAUCAACAUUUACAGUUAGCUCCCCUAUGAGCAUCUCCACAUUGGAAUCAUCUACACUUGAAAAUGGUUCAACACUGGAAACUACAUUGUCCACAAUAGGUACCUCUCCAUCCUUAAUGUUUACCACAACAGAAGGACAAAGUACAUCAGAAGUGAUUUCAUCAACAGCAGAAAUACCUACUUCCAGCGUAGAACUAACAACAAGCCAACAAACACAAACCACUCAGUUUAGUUCAACCACAGAAACAGAACCUACAACGACAGCUCAAUCAACAUUUACAGUUAGCUCCCCUACGAGCAUCUCCACAUUGGAAUCAUCUACACUUGAAAAUGGUUCAACACUGGAAACUACAUUGUCCACAAUAGGUACCUCUCCAUCCUUAAUGUUUACCACAACAGAAGGACAAAGUACAUCAGAAGUGAUUUCAUCAACAGCAGAAAUACCUACUUCCAGCGUAGAACUAACAACAAGCCAACAAACACAAACCACUCAGUUUAGUUCAACCACAGAAACAGAACCUACAACAACUGCUCAAUCAACAUUUACAGUUAGCUCCCCUACGAGCAUCUCCACAUUGGAAUCAUCUACACUUGAAAAUGGUUCAACACUGGAAACUACAUUGUCCACAAUAGGUACCUCUCCAUCCUUAAUGUCUACCACAACAGAAGGACAAAGUACAUCAGAAGUUAUUUCAUCAACAGCAGAAAUACCUACUUCUAGCGUAGAGCAAACAACAAGCCAGCAAACACAAACCACUCAGUUUAGUUCAACCCCAGAAACUGAACCUACAACAGCUCAAUCAACAGUUACAACAGCUAUGUCCCAAUCGAGCACGUACAUAUUAGAAUCAUCUACAAUGUAG